GUUUCGUACAUAAUUUCCUUGUUUCCUAUCCGGAUAGUUGUUUGGUAUAUUUUUAUUGAUUUUUACUAGUUCAUCCAUUGUAAUCUAUAACACAUGAGUAGAGACAAGCAAAUAAUAAUAUUAAACGGUUUAAUGUUGUCAUGUAUACACAUUUUGUUACUAACCUGGGAAUGUCAUGAAACUAGAUACGUUGUUAAAUGUAAGGUUUCCUUUUCGCCUUAAACUUCAAUUCUGAUAAAGUAUCCUACAGUAUAUUUCUAGUGACAUCCGAGCUAUGGCUGAUAUUUACAGAUCUGAAAUAUUAGACAACAUCCAAAAGAAGAAAGAUCAGGACAAGGAACAACCACAGAGUCCAAGUUUUCAACAGCAACAAUUAACAAAACCCCCAGAAAAACAAUUGCAUCCUCCAGAAGCUCCCAGUGCUAAUUUGGUUUCCCAACAUGUCCCCACACAGCUCCUGUCUCCCACUCAUGGCUCGGGGGCCUCUGUCCAACCUAAAGAAGACUCAAAAGACAAAACAUUAAAAGUAACAAACUCGACAACAAUAACAUUAAUAGAGAAUAAUAAUUUAAACGGUGAAAAGGAUAAAGACAAUUAUCCGAAGAAUUAUUUUACAUUAGAGCCCAAGAAUGACAAGAAGGAUGACCUCAAUAAGAACAGUAUCACUAUAACUCGGACGGUACCUAAGCAGUCACCUGGAACACCAGUGGACAAGGGCAAAGUUGCAGCGAAGCCUGUGAAACGUCCUUUACAGUACUUGGAAACCUUAGCCCAGAAAGCAGGCAUUACAACUGAGGAUAAAUACGAAGCUGCAAAUACUUUGCUGGCCUUGGACAAACAGAAUAACACAUUUAGAAGGCCUGAGCUAAAGCAGCCUAAGUCUGAGCCCGAAAGUCACACCCAAGCGGAGGAUUAUAGAUACAGAAAUCAAAAGGAAGAUGAUGAUAAACUUCAAAUACAGCAACAAAUAAUCCAACAACAGCAACAGCAGCAGCAAUUGCAACAGUUGCAGCAACAACAACUGCAGCAGUUGCAGCAACAGCAGAUACAGCAGUUGCAGCAGCAAGCAUUGCAGCGGCAGCAUCAGGCUAUUCAACAGCAUUUAAAGAAUCAACAGGAUCAACAGGAGUUGCUUCAAAAACAGUUUCAACAACAACAGCAGCAGCAGCAACAGCAACAACAUCAGCAACAACAUCAGCAACAACAGCAACAACAACAGCAGCAGCAGCAACAACAACAACAACAACAACAGUUGCAACAAUCUCAGCCAACUAAGCCAGAAAUUCAGCAAUUACCUCAGUCACAAGAUUUACAACAACAGAAAUUUGUUCAGGUUGUCAACAACCAAUCCCUGCACACGCAGCAGUUCAACGUUCCCGGCAUAGGCGAGAUCAACCUGAGCUUUCUCGCGUCGCCGCCGAACAACGUGAACUUGCUGUUCGACAAGAACCAGAAGGCCGGCAUGAGCGGCGAGAUCAAGUCGCAGGCGAUAACAGAGGGACAGAAUCAGCAGCAAAUGAGUAUGGCGCAGCACGAGCCGAACCAGCAGCACCACCAGACGGUGACCGUGGUCUCGUCGAUGCCGAGCUCUAUGGCGACUCAUCAGGUGCAGCAACAGCAAGCAGCGGCGGGAGGUAUUCAGCAACAGGCAGGCGCGAGCAUAUCUACAAUGGCGCCGCUGCAGAGUCUGCCGCCGAACACGCAACAUCCGCAGCAAUUGAGCGCUGACUGGGGCCACGGCCGCGUGCAGGUGAUCCAGCAGCCGCUGCAGAACAACACGUACCUGCAGCAGCUGUACAACGCGCAGGGCCCGCUGCUGAUGCCGGGCAACAUCGCACUCCACCCGGGCAUCAACUCGCAGCAGAUACAGGUUAUAGCUGCAGGGAAACCUUUCCAAGGCAACCAACUGGCACCGCACAUGUUGACGACGCAAGGCAAGCAAGUGUUACAGGGACAAACAAUGAAUUUUUCAGGUCUAACGACAUACCAGGACCAAGCCUCAUUCCCCGGAUACACGACGAUACCGGCUAUACCCACUACGCAGAACCAGACGUUCGUGUUCAGUCCACUGGGCGUGAUCAACUCGCAGCCGAGUAUACUGCCUGCACAUUCUCAGGCCACUGCUUCUGGCAUGAACCAGCAACAGAAAGCUGGUGAUAUGCACAAGGUGAUGAGCGGGGGUAAAGUGACAACGGGGAAAGUGAAUACGGGCAACGGUCAAACCGUGCCCGUGCAAACGCAGUGCGUGCAAGUCUCGCAGCCGGUACUCGGCCAGCAGCCGCAAACGCAGAUUAUCAGUCCGUUGCAGGCGGGCGGGCAGAUGCAGUUCGCGCCGUGGCAGAUCUCGGGCGCGCUGCCGCAGGUGUGGGCGGGCGGGCUGCCGGCCGGCGCGCUGCCCGGCGUGCUGGCCCCGAACCCGAUCUUCAUCCGCGGCUCGCAGCCCGACGCGCCGCCCUCCAUGUUCAUACAGCACUCGCCGCAGAGCGUGCAGCACGCGGGUGUAAGUGUUGCAUCGUCGACGGUGACCACGUCCAAGCCGAGGGCGUCCACAGACACGAUAUCGAAGGGCCCCAGACCGCUCUCGAAUAUUCUACCCUCAGGCGGAAUAAGACCUGCAUCCAGUGUGUCUACGCAAACCAGCGCUAAUCAGGCGCAGAAUGCGGCAAAGCAACGCGGCAAGCCAGGCGUGCGGUCCCCAGCCCCUGCCUCCAAACAAGAUGCCGCCAACCAGACGAAUAAGAUGCAGCAUCAGAUACAACAGCCGAAGCAACAGUUACUGGUUAUGAACUCUAGCGGGCAGAUGACGCAAAUCACGAGUGUGGACAAGCAGCCGCUCAACAAGAGCAUGCAACAACAGCAGAUGAUGCAGCAACAGGCUAUACAGCAACAACAACAGCAACAGCAACAACAGCAGCAGCAGCAACAACAACAACAGCAAUUGCUACAGCAACAACAGAACCAACAAUUAGUUCAGCAUUACCAACAACAAGGAAUGUUGGGGAUGCAACAAGGCACGCUGCCGGUGGGAUCCGUGUCUCAGACAUUACCAAUGGCCGGUCUACCGCAGAUCUCUAUGGUGCAACAGAUUCAUCCGCUGGGCGGUAUAGGCCAACCGAGCACCCUGGUCAGUCAGAUCAACACGAGUCAGCCACAGAACUCUCUACAAACAUUGCAACAACCACAGGCACUUGUUGGAGGUGGUCUCGUGCAAACAUCUGUGGGUAUGGGUGUGCAAUCUUCUUUGAACACCUCGCAGAUGCAAACUGUGUCCUCAAACAGUCUCAGCACACCACAAAUUACCAUCCAAGCUCCCGGUUUGGGGUUGAUAACUGCCCCAGUACAAGGCUCGGUACUGCCCCUACAGUCGCAGAUGCUGCAGACUAAAGCGGAUGAUAAAGUUUCGUUGUCUUCUGGAUCGUUGCAGCAAAUGUCUCAGGCGUCUACGGAAACUUCCACAGAUGCAUCUCACGCGACGUCCAGUGAGGCAGUCACUCACAGUUCUACUUCUGCACCGUCGGCCGCAGACACGUCCAAACGAAGCCCAAGCAAAGCGGACAGCGCGUUGUCGAUAACGGUCACGACCACGACCACGACCUCGUCCGCGACCGCGACCAGCGGCCACCACACAAGCGUUUCGCAGGCUCUGACGUCAAUGGCAUCGUCGACAUCGUCAUCGACACUGACGUCAUCUGUCUCGACGCCGGUGUCUGCGAGCAGCUCUGGAGCCAUGUUCAAGAGUUCGCAGUGUACACCUCGGAAUAUCAGCUCGCAGCAAGUUACAGAUAAAGGUUUACCGAAGGCGAUGGUGAAGCCGAACAUUUUGACGCACGUUAUAGAAGGAUACGUGAUACAGGAGGCCUCUGAACCAUUCGCAAUAAAUUAUUUGGCUAAGGUAAACCGACCCCUUCGGGAGUGGGGUACCGCGGAUAAGGAUCAGGAUAAAGAGAACAAGAUACCAUCGGAUGAACCAUCGCGCAAGAAACAGAAGCUGGAGAGCAACCCGUUGCCGCGCAUCAGCUCCAGCAACGAGACGAGCGCGCCGAGCACCAGCCAGAGCAAGCCGGAGCCGCCGCCCAUGGACACCACUGAGCCAGCGCCUGAUGAAGCGAAGAUACCCAAUGCGCAUAAGUGGACGGUGACCGAAGUGUGCGAGUUCAUCCGCAACAUACCCGGGUGCGCGGGCUACGCGGACGAGUUCCUCAUGCAGGAGGUGGACGGCGAGGCGCUGCUGCUCAUCAAGCCGGAGCACCUGGUGAUGGCGCUGUCGAUGAAGCUCGGCCCCGCGCUCAAGAUCGUCGCCUGCAUCGACUCGCUGCGCCCGGAGGCGGAGCAGCCGGCGGCCGAUGCGGCCGAAUGAGAUUGGUAUUAAGGUCCGCCGGUGUAGCGGGCCUGCCUCAAAGAGGCGAAGCAAAGUGUUCAUUCUUAGUUAUUAUUGUUUUCCUUUCGAAUAUUAUUCUACAUCUCCUUGUGCUAUUGUUUACGGCGCGGUUAAAAUUGGAAUACGAACUCAAUCAAUCGUUUGUAACUAUCGAUAAACGCCAUUGGUGCGGUUUCGAUAAUUUAUACGCGAUGUAUGGAUGAAUAUAUGUAUGCAAGAAAUUAAUGAUAAUUAUAAUACGAUAGUGAUAAUCUGUUGUGUAGUACAUAGUUUAUAAUUAAGGUUUGCUUAUAUUGAGACCUUUCGCGCUGUGUGAAAGGUCGGAUAAUAUUAAUUAUUGAUAUAUAUUUAAUAAUAAAUAGUUUAAUAUAUAACCCAUACAUGUGUUCAUCCAAAAACGUUACUGAUUCUAAUCGCGCCGUGAUAUGUUAUUACUCGUUUUUGUAUAUAGAUUAAUUAUUUAAUUAUUUAUGUUUCGUAUAAGCCGCUGAGGGAUAUGUGUAUAUUUAAUUGUGUCCGAGCAUUGUUAUUCGAUAUUUAACGGGCUUCUACUCACCACUAAUUUGUUUCUCACAAAAAUAAUUCUAUAUUCCACAAUAGACGGCGGACCACGUCAAUAAGUUAGGCUUAGUUAGGUAAUAAUUAAGUUAGGUGCGAUACAAUUAAAUUGAUAAUUAUAUGUGUAUGUUUAAGGUUAAAUUAAGCGGGAAUAUAGAAAUAUUUUUUUUUUCGUUUUCAUAUUACAUUGCGGUCAAUAAAAUCAACAUCAUAUUUAUUAUAAUUUCAAUUAAAACACGGUGGGUAUAAGCGCAGUGAAAAAUUUGUUGUGAAUGUUUUAUAUCGCUUUUACAAUUUUUUUUUUAAUUGGAUAAUGUUUUUAUGAAAUCACUUACAAGUUUUAGUCAUUUUUUUUUGUAUCUCCAUUUUGUUAUAGUCGGAAGCGCGACGUCGACACGAUUGCUUUUUAUUUGUCGAGUAAUAAAAUAUUUGUGAAUAUAAAGUGUGAUAUUGUCGAACUUGGACACAGAAUCGUUUCUGACCUCGCGAUUCGCCAUUAAUUCGUCUUCUGCAUCAGCACCUUCACUGGACAUAUGUCGAUAGCUCCGCCUACUUAGAGUUAAGUGUAUUUUAUUCGCUUUUUUAUAUUAUUCUCAAAUUUCGCUAGCUUUAAGUUGAUUUACGCACUUGAUUUCAUCUCAACGAGCCUGCAUGCUUUCUUCUAUGGUUUUUGCAUCUCUCUAACGAUAUUAAGUUCAAAUUAUUAUAGUUGAUUGGAAUUACCGUUGGUUACUUUUUUGAGUUCAACUACAAUUAUUUCAAUGUGCUUGUUAUUUGUUUUAUACUGGCAUUUGGGCAAAUUUUCUACCAUGAUACCUACAUGCAUGUAUUCAGAGUCGCAGUACCUUUCUAAUAAAUGUUUUCUAUACGCUUCUUCAUUACUUAUCCGUUUAAGUACUUGUGUUGUCUCAGUGAUGUCGUUUUUUUUUUUUUGCGUUUAAUGAUUUUUUUCAUUUCUUCAUUUAAGUGUAUAAGCCAAUUAACCAUCCGAAACUAGUCUCCUCAUUGCACUCGUGUGGUGAACGUGGGAUUGUGUUAUUUAUAUAUUUGUGUGUUCAUAAGGAAUUAUAUGUUUCAUGUGUGUCCGUCGAGGUGUUGGGUUCGUGUAUGGUUUAGGUUUAGGUGUACAUAACGCAAGGCAAGUGCAAUUUUAAUGUGCGCGUCUCUUUAAAACCAUAUUAAUUUCUUUUAUAGGUAUGCAAUGUUUGUUUUUCAAAAUUGAACAUGAACUAUUGUCUAUGGUGCUACUAAGUUUUUAUUUACAUCGUCUGAUUGCGAACUCUUAUUAGAAUUGUGUAAGUUUUAGUUUGUAGUUUUUAUUACAUGUAUAUAUAUAUUUUUUUAUUUUUUAUUUCUUGUAUAUUUAGUUACGGAUCACUCUAGAUUAAAUUAUAUUUAGAUUAUUAUACGUAGUUGAAAUAUAGCCAGCGUUGUUGUAUUCAUGUUGUUGAUGUAACAUCUCAGGGAGUGUUAGCUCGUGUAUAUAUAAGAGUAUAUUCGGAACGAUAUUGGAUACCAAAACGAUACCAGGUCAGUAUAUGUUUAGCUUUGGGAAUCUGAAGUUUUACAAGAGCAAAUGAAUAUUUUAAGAUGACGUAUUGUACGUGAGAGGUUGUAUAUUUUGGCGUUUCGGCGAGGAGCGUGUCGGACACGCGUCACUUUGUGUUCUAUAGAAUUUUACAAGACUAAUAACUAUGUCAAAAAUCUUAUGUGAAAAGUCCACUAUAUUAAAUCGGUUAAGAUUUUUAAUUGCUGCAAGUUGUUAUAUUAAUUUCUUUUGUAUCGAUCUAUCUUAGUUGUUAGAGGGGUUCGCGAGCGCAUUGCGUUUGAGGAAUUCUGUAUACCAGGUUAGUGUUAACGUUUGGAGAGUUGAUCAUGCAUUUUGGGCAGAAAUACAUCGGCUUACGGCCCUAGGUUAAUUAGUAAAUGUAAAAAUUAGCGUUGAUUUAAGUAUUUCAUGUGGCUUAUGUAUUUCUGGACAAUAUUAAUAAAUAAUAUAUUUGAAUGAGAGUCCCAUUUCGAAAGCCAAGUAACUUAUUUUAUCAUUACGGUUCCGUUUCUUGUGUUGUACAUUGAAAGGACUGCUGUCCACUGUUGCUCAAUUUAAUCGAAGCUAAUUUUUUCUCAUCUGUAUUAAUCAAAAUAAAUGGAAUGAGACUGA